AAUAGAUUAAAGGCUAAUCCGUUCCUCGAUCUAAACAUUAGGGCCGAAAAUGCCCCUUCUCCCUAUUAAUUUCGCUUUAGCGAGCCGGCAAAUAUCUGGUUCUGUGGUCGAGUGUGGAGAAAUCGACAAAUUGAAAUCCCAAAGCCUGUUUCUCCGCAGAUUCUUUUCCCCUUCUUAACCUUUUCUCCUUUAUAUCUGAAUCGUUGCAACUACGGCCAUAGCUUGUCUUCUCUAAUUCUCUUUCCCUAACCUGAUAUUACAAUGACUAUCAGCCGACCUUAGUCAUUUCUUGGAGGGAGGUACCUUGGAAAUGCUUGGAAUGUGGAAGUCUCCUAUCAUCCAAUGAAGCCCGGAUCUCAGUUAGAUAUUGUCAUUGGAUAAUCCUUGUUAGGUGGUUCGUCUUCAUCUUCCUUCAGUGGGCUGUUCAAUGGAAUCUAUACAUCAGCCUAUCAUUCCUGGAUUGCCAGAUGACCUGGCCUUGCGAUGCCUAGCAAAGUUGUCCCAUGGGCACCAUGGACUGCUUGAAACAGUCUCAAAGAGGUGGAGAAAUUUAAUUCGCAGCUUAGACUAUGGACACUACAAAUCUAGAGAAGGAUGGUGUGGGAAUUGGCUGUUUGUACUUACUGAACAAUCCAAGAACCAGUGGGUGGCCUAUGAUCCUGAAGCUGAUAGGUGGCAUCCUCUACCAAAUUCUUCAGAGGAUUAUGCUGGUUGGCAACACUUCGGGUUUUCUUGUGUUUGUGUUUCUAAUCGGCUCCUAGUGAUUGGUGGAUCCUAUAUGCCCAAUGAUUCUUCACUACCUCAUCAAAAGCCUUUGAUAACUGAUCAGGUGUUGCAGUUUGAUCCAUUUAAGAAAGAAUGGAAAAGCAUGGCAAGAAUGCGAACACCGCGUUCUCAUUUUGCAUGCAGUGUUAUCUCCGGUAAGGUUUAUGUUGCUGGGGGACGCAACUUAUCUUGCACCAGAGGGCUUGCCCUUGCUGAGGUUUAUGAUCCACUGCUAGAUAAAAAUUGCAGAUGGGACGAAUUGCCACCAAUGCCGAACCCACAGACGGAUUGCUUAGGUUUAUCAUACAAAGGCAAACUUCACGUAUUGAGUGACCAGGUAGGCCUUUCAGACAUGAAUGCGUCUCAAGUUUUUGAGCCAUCAAAGGAAUCAUGGUGCAUAGUGAAGGACAUUUGGCCUUUCUCAAGGGCGAUGCAAUUCUCAGUUCAGGUCAUGGGUGAUGGUCAAGUAUAUACUGUUGUUGACUGGGGUGAAAGCUUGAUUAAAACAAGAGAUUCUGAAAAAGGAGAAUGGUAUAAUGUUGGUGCAGUUCCUUCAGUCAUUCUUCACAACCACACAAGGGCACUGGAAGCCUUUGGUUAUGGAUUUGCUACUUUGAGAGAGGAAUUAUUUGUUUUGGGUGGAAAGGUUCUCAAGUGGGAAGAAGCAGGAAAUGGGAGAUUUGACAUUGUGAGAUUGGAUUUGGUGAGGGUUUGCAAUCCCAUAGUCAGACCAUUAAAUUGGAAAGAAGCUAGACCAAUGUGCAGGCCAGCACGGGGCUCCAUACUGGGAUGUGCAUCUUUGGAGGAGUGAUGUUGUUUCUUAUCAGGAUACUGUUGGCUUAUUUCCCCAACUUUUGGACCAUUUCUAUCAGGUGCACAUGAUGAUUAUGACAUUAUAGUGCAGUUUGGCGGUGCUGUGGUAGCUGGUUCUUGUCUUCUACUACUACUGCUACUACUAUUAUUAUUGUUUGUAGCUGCUUCUUCGGAAUCUAACUGUUGGAGAACCAGAGCAAAGCCUGUUUUCUUCACAAAUGAUUUCUGUCGUCGUCAAGCACAUGGCUUUCCCAUCAUUGUUGCAGCUCGCUGUCUCCUUGCAAGUCAAGUAAAAAUGUUAUCAAGUAGGUAUUCCAUGCGCAUCAUGUGAAUAUAAUGUUAGCUAUAACUGAGGGACUGUUGCAUCUCGAUGAAUAGAAUUCUUGGGCCAUCUUAGCCUUUGAACCACCCCGAAAGCAACUUUGUGCUGAACUCUCAAAAUGAGGUGUGCAAUAAUGAACAGUAGUUGGGAGGAAAAUGUCCAUGAAGGGAUCUUUUCUCUUUUAUAUACAAUCUGCUGAACUCUCAAAAUGAGGUGUGAAAUAAUGAACAGUAGUUGGGGGGAAAAUGUCCAUUAAGAGAUCUUUUCUCUUUUAUGCACAAUGAAUUCCCAUCCCAGAUAUUCUCUUUGGACCUAAAUACAUUUCUUAUUUAAAACAGAA